AUGGAGUAUCAGUAUGAAGCCUAUCAUAAAGAAGAAAUGAUUAGUGGCAUAGAGUCUGGGUCAGGCAAGCUGGAUACUGGUCGUCCUCUGGACCGAACGCGAUGUGGCCUUCGGCCUACGGAAAAUGCACGUUGUCCACACUACAAGGCUACUGCUAUUGCAAGUGCCUGCUUAGACCAGUCGCAAUACUUCUUUAAGGAUAUGGUGAAUGAUCCGAGCGAUGCAGGUACACAUUUUCAGUGUGAACAACAUUGGUUCGUUCGGUUCACGAGAGAAAUCGAUCCUGGGAAAGUGGGAUCAACCAGAAAUGUUCUCUUCAUGAAGACCUAA